AUGCAACUUUUGAAGAGAAUUACUGCCCUAGGCAUUUUCCUUACUGCUGCUGUUGAAGCUGCUCCUGUGGCUGCCCCAGCUGAUAGAAGCAUGAAUGAGGCAUCCCCAUCCGUCCUGUUUAUUAAGAAGAGAUCCUCAAUCAACGACUGCGGUUACUCUACUUUCGUCAACCAGAGCAGUGGUGGAUCGCCCAGGGUAGAUGACUGCUUGCAAAUCGCCCGCAACAUUGCUGGCGGCGGCACAUGGGUUGUCAGUGCUGUAGCUGGGGUUCAUCACCAGCUUCUUCAAUACGGCACCUGCGCCUUCGGAGUCGAGCACGAUCCUGAUUUUGCUGAUGGGCCUAUCUACAAGAUUGGGAACCAGGACAUUAUUGAUCUUAUCAAUGAUUCUGUGAACAGGUUCCAGUGGUUUGGUCUGGUCGGAGCUAAAGGAGAAAUGGAUUGCCAGCCAACGCUUGGGUCGGAUAACGUGCCCAUUAUCUGGGGUAUCUAUCACACCUAA